UUUUUUGCGAAAAGGGCAGCCAACUUAGAAUCUAAAUGACUUUUCGAAAUUUCCUAAGAAUCAAGGAAAAUAUAAGAACUGUCACGAGCCAUUUUGAAGCAUCAUCGUCUGAGCAGCUGUGCGCAGGAUAAUCAUUCGUUUCAUUUCACUGCGAAAUGUCAACGUUCGCGGCCACGCGUGCUGCAUAGAGUGCGGUUUUGUGAGGUUGACAAUCAGACGACGGCGUUUGGUCACAUCGAGACGACGUGAACGCAGGCUCGCGAAACGUCGUUGUCAUCGUUGUCAUCGCGAGUGGUGGUGUGAAACUGAUCGGUCGCGGGGGGAACAAAGAGUCUGCGAUCUGAACGCCUUUUAUUAACCUUGACCCGCUCGUCAAUAACGAUUUCGUGAGCUGCUGAAGAUGGUGAUAUAUGUGCAAUAGGAAUUUUCCACAAGAGUACUUAUUUGAACCUCUGAUAAAAGACUCAAGGCUACUGAAAUUGUAGCCAUGUAUUGUCGUGAUAAAGAAUUGACCGAAUUAGCCAUGUAAAGACACUUUAAGAUGUGCUUGGAUUAUAUCAAUAAUUUAUAUUGUGUAUGUCCUGUUGGUUAGUACUUAUUAUACAUUACGUGGCAAAUUUAAGUAAGACAAAAUGAGUGGUGAAAGUACAGAAGAAAACCAGCAUUUACCUCUGGUCCUUGAAGAGAUAAAUCUUGCUUCGUUGCGACCUGUAUUCCCAGAUACAAGCAAACGAUGUGUAGAUGUAUGGACAGAGAAGAUGAAUAAGGGAGUAUUAACAAAUAUUAACUUUAGAGAAUACUGGCGACUUUGGGUGCCAAAAAUAUAUACUCCAGAGCUUAACGGCAACUGUCUGGAAUGGAUUGUUGACGAAGACACAGCAAAUAGAAUGCUUCUGAGACCUCUGGAGGAAUUUAUUUGUGGUGGUGAUCCACAGGUGAUUCUCAAGGAGCUUGCUAAGAUGGAUAAUCCACCAACUAUAUGUGGCAGAAUGUUCAAGAUGGGCGAACCAACCUACAGUUGCAGGGAGUGCGGUAUGGACUCUACGUGUGUUCUCUGCGUCGACUGUUUCAAGCAGUCAGCUCAUCGAAACCAUAAGUACAAAAUGGGCACGUCCAAUGGAGGUGGAUGCUGUGAUUGCGGUGAUACAGAAGCCUGGAAAAAUGAGCCAUUUUGUGAGACACAUGUUGUAGGAACCCUGACGAAGGAAUCUCGUGGUAAUAAGCUACCUGGUGAUAUUGCGGAGAGAGCGGUAGUGACUUUCGAAGCAUUAUUGGAUUAUUGUUACGAACUGCUGACUCUGAGGUUCAUUGUAUCAUUACCGCCGAGUCUCAGCAUUAAAGAGACAGCAUCAGCAUCUUAUCCGUAUGCGUUCGACCAAUUGGAUAUUUUCGAUACUUACUGCACUGUGCUCUUCAACGAUGAGCAUCAUACUUUUGAUCAAGUGAUAAACAUGCUCAUACGCGUUCUCAAAUGUUCGCAGAAAGAAGCUAUUGAAUAUGUGACUGGUGUUGACAGAGAAGGUAGAACCGUGAUAAAAUGCUCAGGAUUUAAACCGUGCACUGAUUUGAAAGGUGAGGUAGAGAAAUUCACGUAUAGGCAUAGCAAUCGACCACUCAAGGUACUCGUUCUUCAUAGUCACGUAGUUGCCCAUCAGACGUUUGCUAUAAGACUGCUUAAAUGGUUGCAACAAUUCAUAAGUCAUUGCGAGGGUUUUCGUGUCCUGUUUAGCAACAUCGCUCUAAACACGAAACUGCCCGAUCAGUCAGUUGUUCAGGGCAUACUCACGAGAGAUUCGCAACUGUGGAAAUCCGCCAGAACAGCAUGGCACAGAUUAUUCAUAUAUGGAAUGCUCAUGGAAUAUGAGAGUAAAAAAGCGCUUUCUAUUGUAUUUACUAAUAAUUACGGAUCUGUUAUGAAGGAUUUCAUUAAGGACGAUCACGAUCAUUCAUUCUCGAUCGUUUCGCUCUCUGUUCAGUUGUUCACCGUGCCGACUCUGGCACAUUUGCUCAUCGCAAAGCACGAGGCUCUGUUCAACUUGUUAACUACAUUUAUGUCCGAAAGCUCCCGACGAUGUAACGCUGCUGGAAAAUUCGAGUUUGAGAGGAACAUGCCACACCAUAACUUCAAACGGGCGCAGUUUAUACUUUAUGACCUUCGAUAUCUGCUGAGCGCAAAACCAGAAGAAUGGACGGAUGAUCUGAGACGUGGCUUCUUGCAAGGUCUCUCGCUACUAUUCAAUCUCUUUUCCAACAUGCAAUGCAUGGACGCGGUACGUCGACAAGAAGGACAGCAUAUGGAAUACGAGCCUGAAUGGGAAUCAGCGUUCAAUCUGCACAUAAAACUGUCACCAGUCAUUACAUUGGCCUUGGAGUGGUGCAGUUCGGACCGAGUUGUGCUGAUCAAGUCCUUUGGAUCUCUUCUGAAAAAACUACAUGAACAGCAGGCAAACGAGCAACCGCCAAGCCAAGUGCGAGAGCUAGCGAAUCAUAGCGCAACGUGCCUGCAAUAUGAUGUGGCAUCCGAACCAGUUUCUAUCCAUCUACCGCUCUCAAGAUUCCUCGCCGGUCUGUUCUUGCAUCUGGAAAAAUACAAUUUACACUUUCAUUCGUCUGAAUUUAACAAUUCAAUAAAACCGACUCCUGAACAGAUCAUUGAUCCCGUACUGACGGCACAGGCUAUGAUUUCACAGGUGCACGCGGGCAUGUGGCGGCGAAAUGGUUACUCCUUGCUGAACCAAUUAUAUUUUUAUCACAAUGUCAAAUGCCGUAGCGAGAUGUUGGAUCGAGAUAUCGUUUUAUUGCAGGUUGGCGCGUCGCUGAUAGAAAGCAACGAAUUCUUGAUUCAUGUCCUAAACAGGUUUAAUCUCCUUAACUGGGUACAACCAGACUUUGAGGUAAAUGCCUUAAAAAAUCCAGAGGAAGAUAGACUGCGGCAGACGAUCAAUUUAGUGGAGGAGUUUUUGGGCUUGCUCAUCACGAUCAUUGGCGAAAGAUACGUUCCCGGAGUUGGUCAGGUGACCACAGAUGAUCGUCUCAAGAAGGAAAUCAUACAGCAAUUGUGCAUAAAACCGCUCUCGCACUCUGAACUGAGUAAGACGUUACCGGAGGACGUUAUGCACAAUGUCCAGAUCGAAUUGGAAAGAAUAAUACGCGAAGUAGCAACGUUCAAGAAACCAAUACAUACGUCGGCAAAGGGUGUAUAUGAACUUAAUCCGCACUUGUAUUCGGAAUACAAUGUGUUCUUUUAUCAUUAUACGAAGGAAGAGCACAGCAAGUCCGAGGAAGUCCAACGGAAGCGGCGAAAAGCCCAAGGAGAGCUGGAAUGUUGUCCACCGCCAAAGCUGCCUAGACUAACGGAAUCGUUCAGUCUGGUAGCGAAUCUGUUGCAGUGCGAUGUUAUGCUUCACAUCAUGCAGAUUGUUCUGGAACGUGCACUUAAUUUCAUAGCUAGAAGUUUCUCCGAGCCACAGGUGCACAAGGUAUUGUAUUUGAUCGGCUAUGCUUUACAAGAACAGGAAUCCGGCUAUUAUCCUUUCCUUGCGUUUCCCGAGCGAGCAGCGAAAUGGAAGAUCUACAAGUUGCUGGAGAAUCUGACCAGUAGUCCGCGCAUGGAAGCUCACAAGGAUCUACUCACUUGGGUUUUAGCCAAAUAUCGUCAGGUCGCCAGUUUGUCUGGGAAAGAGACCAGUCCGGCGCCUCUUCAGUUCGAGCAGCAGCAACAGCAAGCAGGCGAUGAUGUUAAUACCAACAAGAAAACGGAUAAGGAAUGGCGAACAAAAAUGGCAGCUCAAAAACGUGCUAAGAUCAUGGCACAAAUGGCAGCAAUGCAGAAGCAUUUCAUGAAGAAGAAUGCUACUUUGUUUGAUGUAGCAAGUGUAGAAGUUAAAAUAACAGGCGCUCGUUGUGGCUCGGCCAUGGAUUUAACGGAGGCUUCUUCUCAGGAAGGUAAUCCUGCUCAGGAAGGUAUUGCCGUCGGUCUUAAUCAGACUAGUAGGCAGUGCGAACAGAAAAUGUACACUUGCAUUCUAUGCCAAGAGGAUCAGACAGUGACGGAAACUGGUUCGGCAAUGGUGUUGGCUGCGUUUGUUCAGCAAUCCACUGUGUUGUGCCAAUGUCGUGACGAUUUUCAAGAGCCCGAUCCGUUGUACCUGUCAGCGAAAUUAGGCGUGUCACCGCACACGAGCACAUGUGGCCACGUGAUGCACGCUCGCUGCUGGCAAGAUUACGUCGACAACGUACUCGCCAAGGAGAACCGGCGACCCUAUAGAUCACGGCAACAGGCUAGUUUUGACGCAGAGAAUCAUGAGUAUCUUUGUCCGCUAUGUGAAUGUCUCAGCAACACCGUUCUCCUGCUUGUACCACCUUUAGGAAUAUUGCAACCGACUCCGGAACCUCAACCGAAUAUCACUUUUGAGACGUGGAUGAAGGUAAUGGCGCUCACGUUAGACUGCAAGCCGAACAGAAAAUUUGGCAUGGAGAGGGACGAGGAUACAUUAGAGGAUGAAAAGAUAAUCAAUCCUAUGAAAGUCCUUCGUCAAGAGAUUGGAUGUGCUUGGGAACCAUUUCAAGCGCAGUAUUCGCGAUCCGGACCACAUCUCGCACGAAGGAUGGAGGCCAUGAUCAACAUGUACGCUUCACUUUUUGCAAAAACUACAUACAAGGGAUUUGGUAGUAUCGAUGGUGAUUUCGUGCCUUUGUUAGCCUGGAAGUCAGUAGCAUACACGAUUCAUGCGAUAGAAUUCCUGUUGCGGGAUAUGAACAAGCCAUUGCUGGGUUCCAUGACCUCUCGACAAAGCGACAGUCUCAAGAGCCUCGUGCGAUUGUCAGCUCUCUUGGGUGCGAGUUUUUCGAACCGUGCAAAUCUCUGGUCGCAGCGCCAUCAAAUCAAAACUUAUGCAGCGUCAUUGUUGACGAUGUUGAUAGAAGCAUCGUCCACUGGACCCAGCAUUUUCGAUAUCGAUCCAUUCGGCGUACUAGUACCACUUAUUAAUUCGCUGCCGAGCAUAUUUCACACGAAGGAAUAUGAGACGGUCCCAAAUCCGCCGCCCAUCAUUACGGGCGAUGUGUUUGACUCGCAUAUGCUCAAGCUCGUAUUCCUGUCUCACAUAGCAAAAAUCCUGUAUACAUCUGACUUUGCCGACGUGAUGGAACUAGAUAGUAACGAGACGGAGGACGAUGAUAACGAAGAUGAGAAUAUCGAAACCAAAAUGGACUUUGCCCUGUUUCAUAUUCUGGGUGUGCAUUAUGACAAGCAGAAAGCCAGCGACGUAUGGCGACGAGUGGAAUCCGCCUGUCGACCUUUUCUCCGAUGCUGCGCUAUCUAUUUUCAUUACGUGACCGACGUGCCGCCGCUAAGUGAAUUGACGGAGGCGCAUGGUGAUACAUACGAAAAACUCUGCCAAUACUUGGGAUUACCCACUACCUGCGACGCUUUGAUCUAUUCUCAUCUAGAGACUUCCCUGAAGCUGAUGGCUGUAUGGCGAAGACAUUCUACCGUUUGGAAUCAUAUGUCGGGCGAAAGGAAGGUGACGAUUAUCAAGGACCCAUUGAAGGUGAACAAGCUGAUAGAUUUGCCAGAGGAUUAUAGUGAGCUCAUCAACUCGAUAUCCCAGUUCACUUGUCCGAACAGGGAUCGGGAAGAUUCACGUAAUCCGACGAUGUGCCUGGUCUGCGGCGAGAUGCUGUGCUCGCAGAGCUACUGUUGUCAGAUAGAUUUCAACAAGACAACAGUAGGCGCGUGCACGUUCCAUGCGAACAAAUGCGGCUACGGCGUCGGUAUAUUUCUGCGUGUACGUGAAUGUGAGAUUCUUUUCCUACGCACGCCUAAUCGCGGUUCCUUCCUUUGCCCGCCGUAUCUCGAUGAGUAUGGUGAGACGGAUCAGGGUUUACGGCGCGGUAAUCCAUUACAUCUCUGCCAUGAGAAGUACCAGCGGCUGCACCGUCUAUGGCUCGGUCACGGAAUCCACGAGUCCGUCACUCGGGCGUUUGAACAAUCCUCAAACAACCUGUUACCGACCCAGUGGCAGCAUCUAUAACUCCAUGAGAUUCUCUAUGGUGCCACAGAUCUGACGUUUAGAUAAAAAAA